UGUACUCCAGCACUUUACCAAGCAGAGGGAAAGGAAUCAAGAGGGAAUAAAUAAGCUUCAAGCAUGAACAAGACAGAAUUCAUCACUGUUGUGGGAUUUGCCAUAUCGUUGCUGUUCCACAUGACCCAAACUGAAGUCUGUCCUCCCUCCUGCAAUUGUAAGUCACUGGGAGAAAUGAAGGGUUUGCACAUAGACUGCAGCUCACGGAAGCUGACGGAAGUGCCUGCCUUGCCCGUUAACACCAAGAGGCUUUAUCUACAGAACAACAGCCUGACCUCGGUUCCUGCCGGUGCCCUGGACAGCUUGCGCAGCCUGGAGGAAGUGAAAACAUUUGACAAUCCUUGGAACUGUGACUGUCAUAUUCUGUAUCUAAAACUCUGGCUAGAAGACGUCUCUCCACCCUCUCUUGCAAACACCAGAUGCAUAACCCCAGCUCCCAUGAGGAUGAAGCCCUUGAGGGAGCUGACUGGGAAUGAGCUGGGGAUUUGUAAGAGGCUUCUCCCAAUCAAGGAUCUUGACUUCUUUUGGCGAGACCUCAUUUUAAUCGCUGGAGCAAUAAUUACACUUAUUUUAGUAGCAUGGGCUCUGAAAUUCUCAAAAAAGCUGGUCUGCCAAAUGAACCUAAGCCAAUAUGACCCUAGGGGCUGACUGCUGGGGAGGCAUACCUCCAAAAACCACAAGAUACAAUGAGCUGUUCACUACCGCUAGCUUGAACAGAAAUAUCAAACUAUUCUACCACAAAAACCCACUUGCACUAGCAACACUAGUUUUAAUGGUGAACAUGCUACAAACAGAUCCCAGGGCUCAAGUCCGGGUCCUCAGAUGGGCAAGUCUGAUUUAAUUUCCUUUCAAAAAUAAGCUUGGUGAUGUAUUGACAGGCAAGUUUCAUUCUGCUGCCGUCUACUCACAUGAAAAGUAGUUUCUAAAUUCUUUAAAAUCAUUUAACUUAGCAUUUUUCCACUGAAUUCUCAGCUCCUAUAGCAAGAAAAUUUACAUCCCCAAAUCCUACACUUUUUAACAUAUGGAGAUGAACACCGAUUGUACUACUUUAGCAAUUCUUUUCUCACUCGGAAGCUGUGUGAGUUUGCAAACCGUUAUCCCCUCACAGUGUCCCAAUGGGCUUGGUAGGACCAUUCUUGUGUGCAAACAAAUUCAACUCUCUCUUCCUCAGGUUCAGGAGUUUCCUGCCAGCAAAACCACUAUGAUUAUAUAGGCCAGCCACUGAAUGUAUCCCUUAUUGAAUAUGUUUAAAGAUGGACUGGUCAUGAGAAUAUAAUCAGUAAAAAUAAUUUUAAAUAUUGUUGAAUUUCCUAGAGAGUGAACA